AUUCCAUCUCUUCGUCUAAUCCAUCACUAUAAAUGCUUUCUCGAUUUUAAACUCGCUUCUAACCUAGUCACACCUAGGAAAACAUGGCAGCUUACGAGGGAAGACCAUUGGUGAUGGAAAUGGAACGCGAGGAAGAUUUCGAGGCUAGUGGUAGCGGGUGCGGGUGUGGAUGCUUUCGGGUUUUUAGCUUGAAAUGGUGGCAAGGCCAUGAGGAAGAAGGUACACGGCUACUUGAGCAAAAGGGUGAAGGAGGAAGAGGAGGAGGAGGAGGAGGAGAGACAUGGGUGGUAGAUAAGUUGAAGAAGAUGAAGGAGGUUUCAGAAGUGAUUGCUGGUCCCAAGUGGAAGACUUUUAUUAGAAAGAUAGGUGGGCAUGGCAAGAAGCAGCACAAGAACAGGUUUCAAUAUGAUGAACAUAGCUAUGCUCUCAACUUCAACAGUGGGGCUCAGAGCGAAGAUGAAGACAUGCCUCCCAGUUUCUCAGCCAGGUUUUCUGCUCCUGGACGUCGCCAAAAUGAAUCAUGAUACGUGGAUCCAUGUUCUUUGUUUUUUAAAACAUGUUUGAUUGCCUAUA